AGUUCUCGCGUGUGGAGUGGGAGGUUCUGUUAACCGAAAUCCAUCGGAGAACUUGUUUCUGUAGCUGCGCUUCACGCGGCACUUUCGCUAAAUUAUACUUGAGCUUUUCCGUUUAACGUUAAGAUUUGAUCCUUUUUUAAUUAUGUAAUGUUUAAUGUGCUUCCCUUGCAAUUAACUCACUUAUGAUAUGUUUCUUGAUACAAAUAUUUAAUCGGAAAAGAUGAUGCAAAUUCAUAAGGAAAUGUUGGCUGUAGGCUGGUGUUUGCUGGUGUUCGUUCUACCUUCAAGUGCUUCGACUCCUCAGGCAUUCGCUGGAGAGCAGCCAGCAACAUCGACGACGGCUCAUGAAGGUGCAGUUGAGCCGCUACCGGUCGCUGAGAAAAUGACUUUAUCGGAGUAUUUUCUGAAGCGGUUACAUUCACAGAUGUUUGGACAAGUCCAUCAGAAACAUACACUUCUCACACCCCAAGAACUUGCCAGAGACUUCAACGAUUGGAACUUAAGUUCACACGAGUCCAGAGCAACUAAAACAUAUGAAACUUCACAAAAAGAGCGCCCUCGCGCAUCGGCCGCAGCUGAUGCUUCAACAGCUAACGUUCCGAAGCCUUCAGCUCCUCAGAAGCCCAUUUUAAACGCCAUCUACAGCUCCUCGAUAGCAGCCAUCACAAUGAACAGACCACAAGAGCCAUCUGCUGUCAGCAGUCACGGCUCGCGGCGAGUGGUCCCCAUAAACUGGGAGGACGAGCUCACUGAGUGGGAGCCCCGUCCUAGGAGAAGGCCAGGAAAUGGGCCUUACCAUGGCCCAAUAUUUGACGGAGGGGGAGGAGGACUUGACCCUUCCUUGAUGAACAAGCGACCAAAGUACACCCAAACCAGCAGCUUCAGACGAAGACAACCAAGCAUCGACCGGUCCCCAGAAUAUUUUAGCGCGGAAAGUAGACCGAAAAAAGAAUCUAUUGAAUGGUCUCGGCAAAGUUCUAUUGAUAAUGAUAGAACAAUAUCAACUCCUCACUUCGGAAGUGUGUCACAUGAACACACAACAUUUGAUGAUCAUCAAAUACAGACAGAAAAAUCUCAUGAAACUUCUAAUCCAAUUGAAUUCAGUUCCAAAGAACCAAUUCCAAAUUCAGAAGGCCUCAUUCCUCAUGCGUCUCCAGAACUUAGAUGGGAAGAUGGCUCGCUCAUUGACGUGAACUCACCAGAGUUCAAGAAGCUGGGUAUUAGUAUACCAAAGAAUCCACAAUCAAUCGGCUCCACAGAUUUUAAUAAAAUGCCAUUCUUAGGCUCGGUGGUGUUUGGAAGUAUUGAAGUUGGAAAAGGGGUGACUCAUAAGGAUUACAAAGAUCCGACUAAACAUAUUGACAUUUCUGGUGAUGCACCAACAGUCCAUCAUCCAUCUUUUGAAAUCUAUUCUAAAGAACACAAAAAAGUUGGCAAGAAGAAUACUAGUUUUAGCAGUCGUAGUACGGAAAACGUGCCCAAGCCUAGGGAUGUCAUUAGUAAUCAUGAGGACACGUCUACGGGAGACCAUAAAAAGCGUGAUCCGUAUGGAUACCGCAAUAAGUUUGUAAAAUCUUCAGAAACACCUAAGGUGGAGAACGAGGUUCAUGUUGCUCAAGAAAGUGUUGAAAGCAACAAAAAAAGUUCAAAAGAACAGAACAGGAACAAAGGCAUUUUUAAUGUAAGUGUAUACUUCGACUCGGCAAUAGAGGAUGGAGAAACCAUGCACGACAAAUCCGAUGAGAGGAGAGAUCGGCGUAUAAAGGAUCCAAACCCUUCUCAUGAGAGAACUAAACACGUUGCAAGAAGUUACAACAAAUCCGACGAAAAAAGUAAAAAAGACGGCAAGCAAAGUAACCUUGAUGGCGAUGUCUAUAGCCCUCCAGUUUACGAAAGGAAAUCCAAGGAAGAGAGGCACAAAAACCACAGAUAUGAUCCCUCAGCAGAGAAACACGAAAAUGAGACUGGUCAUAAUCCAUUGGUGACGACCGAAAAAACGUACUAUGACAUUUCAGCUGACAGAGAAGACAGACGGGAGCACAUUAAGAAAGAGGAAAUCACUAAGCGAAAUGACGAUAGCAAGGAGAGUUUCAAUCCGUACAAGGGCUUCAAGAUGUACGAUCAUUUUCCAAAAUCUCAUCGCAGUGAAUCUUCAGAAACACUUAGUAGCAAGGAAGCACAGCUCCGGCCGGCUUCUAGAUAUAAAAGUCAAGAAAUUUCACCAGAAAAAAUUUCAUCACUGGAGAGUCCGUACUACCACACCAAGUAUCCGGGCAAGUCCCCUGAUGCGUCCGGUCCUCGCAGACGAGCAUCGCCCAAGUCUUCAAAUCCUCCGGACUCGCGCGAGCAGAAGACCGUGGACGAGCUGAGCGUGCACCACAUGGCGGGGCCUCCCUACCACGAUGCCAUUCCCUCAGACGUCGUCAAGGCUCUCUCGCACGAACAGGGGCCUAGAGUUGUCACUAAAGUGAAACCGCAAGAAGCUCCCAAGGUAAUCAACUCGUACGAAUUACUAGAUGGUGAUUUUAUAGACGAUAAAAGCUCUUUUCCUUACGAAGAACGAACUCGAUCAAAAGAAAGAAAGCCACCCCACUCAACCUUCAACGGUCCUAGGCGCAAAAAUCGUAACAAGUCUCGACAAAAAACCGACAGAAACAGAAAAAGACCAAGAAAUAAACUUUCUAGUGAGAACCAUUUCGGGGCAGUCAUUGAAAUUUUUCCCCAAAACCAAGAUUUCACUCCACCCGAUAUUAAACAAAUUCACGCUUUCGACGAAAUUAUAUACGAUAUAAAUGAUGAUGAAUUCUAUCAUGACAUUGACGGAACAGAAAAUGAACCUGAUUUCAAAAAGGAAAGAGGUACUAAAUUAAGAAAUAGCGAAUCUGACGAUGAUAUCGGCCGGCAUCCGAAUUACGACUUACCGACCAGCGAAGAAUAUUUUGACAAGGCAUUCAUGGAAGACCCUGACGAUGAUUACAAUGAUGAAUAUCGCAAGACUGAUGUUAUCAACCGGGCUAGGAACAGGCCCAACAGAAGCCGACAGAGACGGUAUCACAGAGGUCGCGCUAGGGACUACUCGCAUAAAAGACCUCUGCCGUUGAGACCGCGAGCCGUGGCUCCUUCACCCCCAGAAUCACCUCUCCUCCCGCCCCCUCGAUUACCCGAACGAGUUCAUACUUUCAACGGCCUGGAAAUUUACAGAGUGCCUACUAGCACGAAAAACGAAGAUCUCAUUGCUAUAAAACUAAACAACAAAGAUAAUGGGUCCGCUCGCACACUACUGCCAGAUACCAUGCCACCGAGUUACGGCCCUCGACCAGCAAACUUGCCGCUUCCGCGUCCCGAGGUCUUUCCGCACGGCGCCAGUAAGCUGCCCCGUGAGCGACGGCAAGGUGGUCUUCUCUCAAGGCGCGACUUUCCACUCGACCGCAAUUCUAAAGUUCGACAAAGUGGACAUGAAAGCAGUCAACAUUUCAGCCCCAACCUAGACAGAGUUGAUAAUUUUGAUUACUAUUACAAUGGCGAAGGUAUGAGAGACAGUGUGAUCAAUUACAACGAUGACAAGGGGGACAGAAAUGCCAACGCUGCCAGCAACUCUGACGCUCGCGGCUGGAGUUUAGGAGGACUACUUGAUUUACAGCUACCAGGUGAAAUCCGUCAGGGUGUCAUGAGAAUCUUUGGAUGAAUUUAGCAAGCAUUGAAAGGCAACGCACUUGAAGUAGAGCGCUAGAUGCCCGCCCAAGGCGCCCAUCCCCUCCAGGCCGAUGGAUGUAUAGUCUGCAGUCGCCGUCACCUACCGUACCACAAAUUAGCCGACUGUUCCAAAGUCGGCCUCUGCAGUAUUUGGGGAACCAAAUCCUAGGAUCAUGGCAAAUUCUUGCUUCACUUGUACAAGAUGAAGGCAUAUUUAUUUCGACUUUAACCGAUUACCAUUUAGUAGAUUCAAAUCUUAGCAAGCUCUUGUAUUCCACCCAAUGUGGCAGAACAUAUUCAUCUCAACUUAAAGUAAUUAAAGUAAUUUCGUAAUAAUUUUCGGGUAGCCGCUGUCAAACGGCACUUAUUUGCUUACUCUCCUUGCAGUGUGUUGUAUUCAUAUUCCUUCAAUUGCCAUACGGCACCCCCAAUGGUUGGAAUUGAAGAAAUAGUGGGAGUUCAUGCCACCCAUAAUUGUAUAUUCAACCAGCUUGUGAACACCAAUCCCACGUCAUUACGCUCUGCUGGCAUGAAGCACGGUUUUCCUUUCUGCCGAUAAUUCUGCCAAGUGAAGUGCCCUAGAUGUUCCAUGAACAACGGAUUAGGCUGCAAAUGGCUUUCUGUGAACAAUUUCAAUAGUUCAAUCUACGCUAUCUGCUACUGUAAUACUUCGCCUGCCACCCAUGCGAUCAGAUCCGAGAAUUCCGUAGCAAAAAUCUACCUUGGGUUUAUAAGAUCAUCUGAAAGGGUUCAAAUUUAUUUCUAGUAUUCCACCAAAAUAAGAAUGAAGAGAGAUUCGAGAUAAGAAUGAAUAGAGAGGAACGCACUUUAAUACACUUUAUGCUGAUAAUCUGCCGACUGGCCGACACUUUUCCUUCAUUCAUUUGACCAUCUUAAGCCCACCAGCACAUGCGCCGGAAUCUGGAGCCUUCUUGGGACUUCCGUUUUCCAUAGCAACAGCAAACGUAUCCGCCUUUUUGAGGAGAUUGUCCACGUCACACGAGCCCGCAAAAGCUGCACCUUCCUUGCUCUCGUCCAAUUUUUCAAGUUUGCUUACGUCCACCUGACAAGCAUCGCCUGAAUUGCUCGAGGUUGUAUCUUCUUUGUCCCCAUUUGUAACAUUUUCUUCGGCCUCUCCGUCUCUUUGGCUCGUUACAGAUACAAUAGUAGCUCCAGCUUUUCCAUCUGGUCCAGGCUUCUUGGUUUCCUUCAAGGAAGUUUGGUCAGUUACAUCAUUUGCCUCCGAAUCUUCUAUUUCUUCGGAAUUCGGGUUGGCUUUACUCUUGCUGCCAUUGUUGCCCUUGUCAGUAUCGCUACCGCGGUUGUCGUCGCCCGCGUCAGAACGGGGUUCAGGCGACAGAACGGGGUGAAUCUCCCUUAAUUCAUGACUUUCCUCCAUCCUUCGUCUCAUCAAAUUCAUGGCAGCUGCUAGCCGGAAUUGGAAUACAAUGGUCAAGAUUCCGAACAGAACGAGGAUGACGGGGACCAAAGUUAGAAUCACUGAAAAAAAGUUUGAUUUGGUAAAGAAAUUUAUAACCGAAUAAUUUUAUAAUUCUUGUGACCACAUUUAGCAUUUAAGACCUUUAAUAACCUCAGCCGCGCAGCGUCACCUAGCACAUAUCACAAUUUUGAAUGCAAAUGUUUAUUUAGUAAACUUUGUGUAGCUUGGCGGAAGUUCUUCAAUGCAGGUUUCAUCGAAGACCAGAGAGCAUUUCUUAUUGAAAAUGUACUCUUCUCUCUAUUCGGCGAAUUAGGCUCUUG